CACACACACACACACACACACACACACACACACACACACACACACACACACACACACAGAAAAAGAGGCAGAGACAAACAUCCAGUUUUCUUUCUCACGGACCUUUUUUGCGUCCCACAUUCAGCCGGAGCCCGGAUCCACUGAGGACGCCUGCAGACCAACUCACAGCUCACAACUCGCUGCAAAGUAGCUCAACCCAAUCACAGCCAUGUCGAAAGGAUGCAUCACAGUCACCAAGUACUUCUUAUUCCUCUUCAACCUCCUCUUUUUUAUCUUUGGAGCGUUGAUCAUGGGCUUUGGACUGUGGAUACUCUUCGAUAAGGAAAGCUUCAUAGCCGUGCUACAAGAAUCUUCUGACACGGUGAAGGUGGCUUCGUAUAUCCUCAUCGGAGUCGGAUCUCUGACGAUGGCCAUGGGCUUCUUCGGCUGCAUCGGAGCCAUCUAUGAAAUCCGCUGCCUGCUGGGACUGUACUUCACCUGCCUUCUGCUCAUCCUCAUCGCUCAGGUCACUGCUGCUGUUCUCAUUUACAUACAGAGAGAUCCGCUGAAACAUGAGAUGUCCGUCAUCAUUAGAGGGUUGAUAGUGAACUACUCGGGUCAGAACAAAACCACAGAGCACGCCUGGGACUUCGUUCAGAGGACGAUGAAGUGCUGUGGCUGGACUGGUCCAGGUAACUGGUCUGAGAACAUUUCUAUCAAGAACAGCACACAGAAGCUGUACUCCUGCUCCUGUCGUAACGACACCAUGCCAGGAACCGACAUGAAGGAGUUUGGCCUGUGUAAGCAGCUGUCAGAGCAGCCGCCUGUCUUUGAAAUGGGCUGCAUAACCAGCGUGGAGAAAUGGCUGCUGGAUAACUGUGGGAUUAUCCUGGGGAUCUGCAUCGGGGUGGCUGUUGUGGAGCUCCUGGGGAUGAUCCUCUCCAUGUGUCUGUGCAAGAGCGUCGUCCAGGAGGAUUACACCAAAGUACCGAAGUACUGAGCCGAGCACGAAGCAGCCAGUUCGACACAGAUGGACCGACUCCCCUCCGCCUCUCCUCUACACACACACACACACGCGCGCGCGCGCACRCACRCACGCACACACACACACAUAAAGAAAUUAAGACAGCUGUCUUCACCAUUUGAGGUUCUCGUGUCUCGACAGCUGUGCAGAUUUCUCAAACACUCACCCAACAUGUCCCACUCAGUAACUCACACUCAGCUCUCAAUCAUCCUUGACACACACGACGGACUCAUUUGAUGGGAUUUUUUUUCUUAAGGUUAAGAAUUUAUUGUUUAUGACGGUGUAUUGGGGACAUAUUAAGAAAAAAAUUCAGGGCAAUAUAAGCCUGGCGGGCCGCCAACGCUUAUAAUAACCAAUCACACCGCUGGCUGGAUCUCUAAAGUUUCGGAUCGUGCGCCUCCUUUUACUUAAGCUGGACACAGGCUGACCUGUAUGGACAUUUAUAUGAAUCCCUUGAGGACUCAUGUUUCUUUGAAGAAUUUACAUCACGGUAUGAGUCAAAUUUAAAAGCCACCUGCUUGCAAAGCUCGAUGAGAACCGCUGAUGGAGGCGCACGUUGAGCGAGCAGUGAGAAUGAUUUGUCUUUGUGAACAGAGAAUUACAUCUCAACACGCUGCCCGGCGCCCGGCUCUGUGUCUGAUUCAGUUCAUGUAGCCGUUUCUUGGUUAGACGGCGCGUUAGUGGUUAAGCGUUUUUUUUUAUUUUGGAUUUGAUUUAGGGGGCCCUAUUGCUGCCAAGAACAUCAGCAUCACUAACAGUAUUUCACCUUGGAUUUAGCAAAUUAUGGGAGACAAGGAUAGUUUUAAUUGGCCAACAUAAAAAACAAUCAGUUAUAAUUGCAGUUUACUAAUUUGUAUUUGUGAACAAACAGUUCAAUCCCACAGAUUAAACUCACAGCGUCAGAUUGUUGCUGUGGAUUUAUUUGGUUCUGAAGUUUUGAUUUGGAUUAAACAGAAGUGCAAAUAAUUGAUAUUUAUUUUAAUUGUAUUUUUUCCAUUUGUUGUUUUUAAGAGUCUGUAGUUGUGGGUUUAGAUAUUGCCUCCAAUGUAACAGUAACAUAACACACAGUAAUAUUUUUAUAUGUCCGGUCAACAUCUUUUAAUACAGAAACACGGUGGACCGCCUCGGCGCCUGACCACUGAGCUUAGCAAGUUUUUUUGGGGAAAACUUGUAAAUUAAAACAAAAUUUAUGAGGGAAAAGUCAUUUUUCUAGAAUAAAACAGUAGUAAUAUGAGAUCAAAGUCCAAAUAUCACAAGAAUAAAAUCGCAAAAUUACUAGAAUAAAGUUGGAAUAUUUCAACUUUAUCACGUUAAAGUUAUGACUAUAAAUUUUGUAAUUGUAUUGUUUCUAUUUCCUAAUUGCGACCCCAAUACUCCGUCAUAAUAAUUUGAUUCUGUGCACAUGACCAUUUGCACAGAAUCAAAUUCUAGUUGUUUCUCAGCCGACCGCGGCGUCAGAGCGAGCACUUUAGUGAGAUGUGGCGAUCUGAGAGCAGAUCAGUAGAUUUAGGCAGGCAGAUGGGAGGGAAACCAGUGUGUGUGUCUCUGUGUGUGUGUGUUUGUGGGCCCGUCUUAAGGAUUACCGCCACCCUGUGAUCCUGCACCUGGUAUUCCUGGUGCUGAGUCAGCAUUCUGCUCGGCGCUGCAGUGGUGGAGAUUUGUUUGGUUUGGUUGAAAAUCAGCUCUGACUCGGUAACCCUGACAUCCGCUGACCCCUGCUGAACUUUAAUUUCUGAGAUAAAACCAAAACAAUUUUCUCGUCGACUCAAGUUGCAUUUUCAAGGCAGCAGGUGGACUUUCAUUGACAAGUUAAACCACCUGUAAAUGUUUUACAGUGUAGUGUUGUCCAUCAUCCUCUGAAUCUUCCCGUCAGCUGUGUGUGUGACUUUCUGUUUUAUAUCUUCUAGAUUUUCAUGUCAUCUUGUAAAUAUGUUCACUAAGGGAUUAAGGCACGUUGGUGCUUGGUCAGCAUUUCAUAUGGGAAAGUUUUUCACCCACAUGCUCUUGUUUUAAGAGUCCUACUGUUUUUGUUUCCUCUCUAUUGUUCAGGAUGUGGCUCCCUUUGCGCCUCGUCAGCAUUUAUUCUGUCUGAAUCUGAGAAAUUGGAAUCCCUGAAGUUAAUCUGUCUUCGCUCAUAAACACAUACUGUUGUUUCUUUAA